AUGGACACAACUGAUGCGCCAUAGAUUAUUGAACACGCCUCAAAAUCUUUGACAUUCACUCCAUUUGACACUAAGUGGAUCCCUUGCUCAGCUAGAUUCAUUCUAUUAGGUUAAUCUCCUAAAGCAUAAGGAGUUUUCUAGAUUUAUCAACUGAAUCAAGGAAAACUUGAAAUAGUGCAUGAUUGGGAAAAGACUGACGGAAUUAAAAAUGCAACAUUUAAAGCAUCACCUGUUUCAAUUAGAGAUGUAGCUACAGUCGAUUAUAAAGGAAUGCUAACCAUAUAUGAUAUUGAGAAAGGAAAACCAAAGUUCUCUGUAAAAGCUCAUGCAUCAAUGGCAAACGUGAUUGAUGGUAUUGGAGGUAAAGGCGCAGAGUAUGGAGCACCGGAGUUAGUUACCGGUGGAACUGAUGGGUGUGUAAGAGUAUGGGAUCCUAGACAAGAGGCUCCUGUUGUUAGUCUAGAACCUGCAGAGAGUGAACUUAUAAAACCAGAUUGCUGGGCUGUAGCAUUUGGAAAUUCUUAUAACUAAGAAGAGAGAUGUAUUGCAGCAGGUUAUGAUAAUGGAGAUAUCAAGUUAUUUGAUCUUAAGACUAAUUGCUUGAGAUGGGAUAGUAACCUUUAAAAUGGUAUUUGCGGUCUUGAAUUCGAUAGGCAAGAUAUCAAUAUGAACAAAUUAGUUGUCACAACAUUAGAGUCAAAGUUUCAUGUUUUCGAUCUUAAAACAUAUCACCCAGAGAGAGGUUAUACUGGACUUGCUGAGCUUGCGCAUAAGUCUACUAUAUGGGGAGUAAGACAUUUACCUUAGAAUAGAGAUCUAUUCGGAACAUUAGGUGGCAAUGGUUCUCUCAACAUUUACAAAUAUCACUAUCCAUCAAGCAGAGCAUUAAAGGAUUUAGAUGGUAUUCCGUAUGGUGUAACAGGAAGACUUGAAUUGCUUAAUGAGAAAACUCUGGCCUAAUAGCCAAUAGUAGGGUACGAUUGGAACCCAGAUAAACUUGGAUUAGGAUGCAUGUGUGCUCUCGAUCAGCAAGUAAAGGUAAUUGUAUGUACUAAACUAAAUCUAUACUGA